CAGGUGGGUUGGUGCUCAUCUCAGCUGCCCACCAUGGCCUGGGGGCUGCCCAGCACUGCUGGCCUGGUGCCCUUCUGCCAGAAGCUGAACCGGCUGAAGACACUGGAGGAGUCCCCCAGGGAGACACCGCCGCGGCGCCUCCUGACCACACUGGACCUGACUCUGCUGGGUGUGGGUGGCAUGGUGGGCUCAGGCCUCUACGUGCUCACAGGUUUUGUGGCCAAGAAGCUGGCUGGCCCAGCAGUGCUCAUAUCCUUUGGCAUGGCUGCCAUGGCCUCCCUGCUGGCAGCCCUAUGUUAUGCAGAGUUUGGGGCACGUGUGCCCCGCACAGGCUCUGCCUACCUGUUCACCUACAUAUCCAUGGGUGAGCUGUGGGCCUUCCUCGUUGGCUGGAAUGUGCUCUUAGAGUACCUCACUGCUGGUGCCGCUGUGGCCCGUGCCUGCAGUGGCUACCUGGAUGCCAUCUUCAGCCGCAGCAUCAGCAGCUUCACCGAGGCCCAUGUGGGCAUCUGGCAGGUGCCCUUCCUGGCCCAGUACCCAGACUUCUUGGCUGCUGGCAUCAUAGUUUUGGCCUCCACAUUCAUCUCCUGUGGAGGCCGUGUCUCUUCCUGGCUCAAGCACACCUUCUCUGGCAUCAACCUGGUCGUCAUCCUCUUCAUCAUCAUCCUGGGGUUUGUCCUGGCCCGCCCACACAACUGGAGUGCUGAGGAGGGCGGCUUUGCACCCUUCGGCUUUGCCGGCAUCAUGGCUGGCACUGCCACCUGCUUCUGCGCCUUCGUGGGUUUUGAUGUCAUUGCUGCCUCCAGUGAAGAGGCCCAGAACCCGAAGCAAGCAGUGCCUAUGGCCAUUGCCAUCUCGCUUGGCCUGGCGGCUGGUGCCUACAUCCUCGUCUCCACUGUGCUCACCCUCAUGGUACCCUGGCAAAACCUGGACCCUGACUGGGCACUCGCUGAUGCCUUCUACCAGCGGGGCUAUAGCUGGGCAGGCUUCAUCGUGGCAGCUUGUGCAAUCUGCGCCAUCAAUACUGUCCUGCUCAGCAGCCUCUUUUCCCUGCAACAAAUCAUCUCUGCCAUGGCUACCGAUGGGCUCUUCUUCCAGGUGUUUGCCCACCUGUACUGCCGAACGAAGGCGCCCGUGGUGAGCAUCCUGGUGUUCGGGAUACUCAUGCUUUUCCUGGCGCUGCUGCUAGACCUGGAGGCACUGGUUCACUUCCACUCCAUCGGUGUACUUUUUGCCUAUUCCUUCGUGGCCAUCAGCGUUAUCGUGCUACGUUUCCAAAAGCCCUCAACAUCCAGCUCCCAGGACCAAGAGCAGGCUUCAACCCCUGAGCCUGGACAGCUGCGAUCAGCCCUGAGACCCUACCUCAGCUUCCUGGGUGGGUGCAGACCCGGAGCCGCUGUGGCUUGGGCCCUCGGUGUCCUGGUGGCCUCGGCCAUCACUCUGGACUGUGUGCUGGCCUUUGGAGACUCGGCCCUGAACCUCCCAACCUGGGGCUACACCCUGCUGCUCCUUCUCAGCUCCGUCACAUUUCUGCUCAGUCUCCUCGUCCUAGGGGCCCACCAGCAAGAGAAACAGCAGGACACCUUUCAGGUUCCCAUGGUGCCCCUGACUCCCGCCCUGAGCAUCCUCCUCAACAUCUUCCUCAUGCUGAAGCUGAGCUACCUGACCUGGCUGCGCUUGUCCAUCUGUCUGCUGAUCGGUGAGUGGGGGCCAGGCUGGGACCCUGGCAGCCUGCAGUGGGAGGGCAAGCAAGGAAGAGGGCUGGGACCUAUCCCUCAGGCUUGUGCCACCCUUGCAGGACUCGUGGUGUAUUUUGGCUACGGCAUCAGGCACAGCAAGGAGAGCUAGCGGGAACACAUGGGGUUGACUGCCCCAAACAGCAGCCUGGAGGAGAUGGUGCUGGCCCUGCAGCGCCCCCAACCAGGCACCGGCCCAGGAGUCCAGUCGCAUGGAGCAGCCCACCAGUCUAUGAGGACCACUGGGGGCCCAGAUGCCUUACCCCACCUCCUUGGGAACCCAGAGGUCCUGGCAGCACCUUCUAUGCAGGGCAGCUCAGGUUUGCAGGUCUGCCCAUGCCGGGGGGUCCUCAGAACCUCAGCCCAGGUGCUGAGCUUCAAGUCUUUGGGAGUGGGCCAUGGCCAGCACUGGUGUGGUGGACUCUUUGCCCAGCACCUUCCAGGUUAUGACCAAGUCUGGCUACCUGGACAGGUGGAGUAGGGCGGGCAGGGAAGAGCCUCGAGUCCCAGGGACACACAAUAAUAACGGCUCGGACUGACAUGUGGCCUGCUGCUGUGUCCACUGUGGUGUUCAAUGUGUCACUGAGUCCUCACCUGCCCCUGUAACAAGACAAUUGUCCCCAAUCCACAGCAAAGGUGCUGAGGUUCCAUAAGGGUGAGGUGCCAGGCCUGGGACAGCUCUGAGUCAGGGACAAGGCCAGGCCGGGAUCCCAGGGUCCUGCCCUCAGGCCACUGCCCUCUGCCCAGCUCAGAGGUGAGCUACACACACCAGGCACAGUGGGGUCCCUGACAGAGCUGGGCCAGACUCCCUCACAGCCUCCCCACAUGUCCCCUCAGGGACGGAUCCAGAUAGCAGAGCCUGGACCCCAUUGAGGCCCACUAGAAAGGGCAGUGGAGUCCUUGGGUUCCCUCUGUUUCCCAGUGCUCACAGAGAGCAGGGCAUGUCUUGAGGCCUGCCCCAGAUGGAGUGGCCCCCCUGCCUGGGCACAGGCAUCUCUCAGGCACAGGCCCACAUGGCCCACCCGGUCCCCUGGGCAUGCACCCACAUGCAGACUGAGGCAGCAGCUGUUUCGCAGCCCAGGGCUGCCUGCAGCUUCCAGCAGCCUCU